AUGACCUGUGUAAGAACACUGUGCGAGCGUUCGGACGUAGUUGCCCUGCAGGAGACGUGGCUACUUCGUGAGGUGUACGAGAUGAUCCUUGGAGUGGAAGGUGGUUGGACCACUGUAUUGUUUCCCUCUCAGCUUGGCAUACCAUUAUCAAACGGCAUGCGUGUCGGUUGCCGCGUGGAUGGUGUUCGUAUUAACAACAUCAGCUACGCGGACGACAUGGUGCUGCUGGGCCCGACAGCGAGGUCUUUCGAAGAGAUACUAAAGGCCGCCAGUAAUAAUCUUAAAGAAUUGCCAGAAGUAACCCUUAACGGCAUGAACAUUAAAAGAGUAUCUUUCAAAUAUCUAGGUCAUUACGUUACCGACGACCUUAAGGACAAUGCCGACAUUGAUAGAGAGCGUAGGGCUCUAGCGGGAGCCUAUGGGUUGACUACACCAAACGGCCGCUGGAGACCCUACGUGUACACUAAUUAUAUUUUUAGAAUGAUGUUGGGACUGCCUAGUUUCUGCAGCGCAUCGGGGAUGUUUGCAGAGUACGAGACGGAUGGUUUUGCUGCCAUCCUCCGGAAAAAGACAGCAUCCCUGAUGCGCAGAGUGUGGGACAGUCCCAACAGCAUCCUACAAACUGUAGCUGGUAGAAUUACCUCUCCCACGUGGCAACGCUUCAUGAGAAAGGGAUUUGAAAAUUAA